AUGGCUGGGACUACGUACACUUACUUCUAUUUAUUUAUAAAGACCAGAAAGCAAAGGGCAAAAACUCCUGAAAAACGUGUUUUGGUGAAGCUGGAACUACAGUGCCAUGACAGUCAGCUCUUAUGCUAUGAGAAACCUCCCCCAGGGCUAAUUAAGGAGAAUGAAACAAAACCAGAAGACUGCAUACCUGAUGUACCAGGCAAUGAAAGUGCACGAGAAUUCCUGGCACAUGCCCCGACAAAAGGGCUUUGGAUGCCUUUGGGAAAAGAAGUCAAGGUCAUGCAGUGUUGGAGGUGUAAACGUUAUGGACACAGAACAGGAGAUAAAGAGUGCCCAUUCUUUAUUAAAGGCAAUCAGAAAUUGGAACAAUUUAGAGUAGCACAUGAAGAUCCAAUGUAUGAUAUAAUAAGGGAAAAUAAACGUCAUGAAAAAGAAAUGAGGAUACAGCAACUGAAGCAGCUCCUGGAAGACUCUACCUCAGAAGACGAUGAUGAUGAUAACAGUGAUGACAGUGAUGAGGAUGAUGAAGAUGGCAGCAGCUCCACUUCCUCAGAAUGUAGAGAUAAACACAAGAAGAAAAAGAGAAAGAAGGAAAAGAAAAAAAAGGAAAAGAAGAAGAAGAAGAAGAGAAAGCGUAAAUCAUCUAAAUCUAAUGAGAGGUCGGAAUCUGACUGACGGCAGUCACCUGCUGCAUGCUUAUUGACCUCUACUUGUGAACUGCAAGGAAAGAUCCAAAGAAUGAGGAAGAAACCACCUGAAAGGGCUUUAUUAAACUCGGAACAUACAGAUGGAUACAUACAGCAUCCUACACUGGCUGUCCUCUUCUGCCCCUCCACAGUGCUGCAGCCAGAAAGAAGAGCGCUGCAUUAGGCGAUGCUCAAUCAACCAUGUCUUUAUGCUGUAAAACCUGUGCUAACGGUCAUCUGUCUUGGUCAAAUUGGGCCUCUGCAUUGCCGCAUGUGACUAUCAGCAGAAAGGAGUGACUACCAGGGUAUCGCCAACAAACCUGCAGAAUUCAGCAGUCUAUUGAAGUGUCUUUUCCCCAUGAAGUUAUUUUAUUAUACACAAUGCCUCAUUGUAAUGGGACUGCAGUUUGCACCAUGCAGAGCACUGACAGUUCACUUGUAGUGCUUAUAAUAAGCAGGUUGUACUGUAUUUUUUUUCUCUGCAUACUGCCUAUGUGCUGAAGUUCAUUGUACUUAUGCUAGUACUGGCAGCUAGGGAAAUAAAGAGCACUGCUGAAGGGGGGGAAAAAAGUUAAUCAAGGGGAUUUACUUUAAGACAAAACAGUAGUGUCAGCAAGACUUGGUUUUUUUGUGUAGCAAAAUCUCAACAUCAUCGCCAUUAAUACGUCCAAUUGCGCAAUACUUAAAGUGUUCUCCAAACCAUGGGAGUGGGAGCCGAGUGUAAUGAUGUUCAACUUCAUUGUAAAGAGGUAGUGGGUUUAGUUAUUUAAAGAGGGGGGUUUCAUGUUAGAAAUGAAAAAGAUUAAUUUCUACAUACACUUCAGUAUCAGUUGUUUUGAUACAUUUGAGGGUUUUUUUUCCUUUUAAAAAGGCCUGGGGAAGUAAACUCCAACUUACUUCUUAUGUUCAGUAGAAUUAUUUUAUGUAGUAAUAUUUUAUGAAUCAUCCCACAAGAAUAUAAAUGAGUAAGGCUUUCAAAAUGGUUUUCAACUAUGUGCAUGUAAGCCACAGAACAGUAGUAAAGAACUUGUAAGCAGGAAGAAGUGAAAGUUUUGUGUACUUAAUUGACCUUGUGGACUGACCACACUUUUCUUUUAAAUAAUCUCGCGAGGCAGACUUGAUUAGAAAGAUUGAGAUAGCUAUAAACUGCGUCAGAGUAAGCAUCUCUUUUUGAAACAUCAAGGUACAAAUCUGUGACUUGAGGACCUAGAUGAUGUAUGUUGGUACUCUGCAAAAGGAGAAAGAAAAUCAGGUUUGUUUUGAAAGGACUAGGAAGGACUUAUAUAGAACUUAGCCUCUGUGCUUAUAUUGAAAAAAAGCAUGAUAAAGCUCUAACAUUAGUGGAGUGAGCAUUAACAGUGAAAUCAAGGAACCAUAGACUAAAAUGCAUUUAAGACUUUUUUUUUUUCCUCCUGAGAGCUUUGGAAAAGAGGACAGGGGAAAGUAUACAUUAAAAUGUGUUUUCUCCCUCC